UCAAGCUGUAGUUCCAACUAUUUUUUAAAAAGUAAUGUGUGGUCUGUAUUUACGAGCUAUCAAGUUCUUAUUUGUGUACUGGUUGAACACGUUUAUGGCAGUAUUUAUUUUCUUUCGGAGAUUAUGUGAUAAAUCCUAUUAUUGUUCAUGCAUAUCCUUUAUACUCCACAGGAAGUAUAUUGACGUCGCAGCAAGAGGAAAUUGCCGACACCCAUAUGUUGGCCAUAACUUGAAACCACUCAACUUGGAGAUAUCAAGAUGGCGGCGUAUAUCAGCAGUGCUCAAAUUCACCAACGUUGAGAUACCAGGUGGCUUGAUAUCAUGUUCAAAGUCAAAAGAUUAUCGGCGUAAAACAAUGGAAAUUUCAAGUUCUUCACAAAAAUGGUGCGAAGUCUAACAGUUAAAUUGGCAUUUGAUAAUUUUUACGUGUAAAUACAGUCAUACUUCACGCGGUGUUAGCUUGACGCCGGAUUUCUAAAUAUCCCAAAUACGGUAGUAAGACAAUGUGUCCGUGAGUAUUCGGGAAGUGCAGUUUGUCUCACAGAUACUAAAAUAAAAACAUUAUAGAAUUUUUAAAGCCUUGUUCGUGUUACGGAGAUCUGCUCUUAGGGAAUUUCUAUACCAGAUUAGUUUUGGAGUCGUGUUAGGUUAGAUUAGUUAAGGGGCAUGGACCAGUAUAUGAGGAGGCUACUGCAAUAACAAAGUAGAGGAUUACCACACAAUACAAUAGAACAUCGCUUUAUAAGGGAACAAUGUUCUACAACGUGACGACAUAUGGAAGGAGCUUUGACGUCGUAUGUUUUUGGCAAUGACUACAUAAUAUUUUUAACACAAAAACAAAACGCAUUUGACGCUCUGCUUUAAACCAUCAGCCUAUUCUUAAGCUUAUUUUGCGUCCUAGGAAAAUACAUUUUGGAUCAAUUAAUUGUUUUUUACUGUCAUAAUAACGUCAUUCUCAGUGACCACAAUGUCGUAAAAAUACGUCAUAGCAGCUAUCUGAAAUAAGUCCGACAUUGCUAGCAAAGGAAACCUUCAGAAACAAGUUAAUAUAAGUAUGUAUACGUAAAAUUUUGGAGUGAUUAUUCUGUCGAUAAAAAAGUUGGUUUCUGUGCUCUGCGAUCACUUAAAGACAAGAGACACGCAAUUACUUCGGUAGGUUUUAAAAGCCAUAAACAAUGUCUGCUUUCUCACUACCAGUUUUUUGCACCUGAAGUAUAAUUUUUUCUUAAUGGUAAUUUUUUGACAAUCACGGUUGAAACUCCAACGCCGCCGUUUUUUACAUACAAAUUUUUGACCCCCCCAAAAUCAUUGCACUGAACAUGCAAAGAUUUUGUUUUUCCUCUUUUUCUUUCUGUCUUUUUUUUUGUUAUUACUUUUUCGUUGCAAGAAAUAAAAACAUGUUGUGCGGUAAGUAGCUACAUUCAAAAAUUGAUUUCCUUUUUUGUGUGUUGGACACUUUAAUUUCUGCCCUUUACCCUUAUAUAUUGGGAUAUAAUUGGGAUUAACAAAAAAUUACUUCUAUUUCUGCAAAUAUUCACACUACAGUGACCAAGUCAUCACAUAAGAUGGGUUUCUUCAACAGACUUCUUCUCUCAGUUUUACUGAGUGGUAUUUAAGACAGGAACUUCAUGGUUCCAGUAAGCACAAUGCUGUACCACUAAGCCACUUUGUAAAGUUAUAUU